CACACACACACACACACACAGUCAGGGAGAAGCAUGGGAGACGUAAAUACAAGAGCCGUUGGACCUGCAGGGGCGCGGCCACAGCCCUGACGUGUACACUGCCACUUCCACGUUGAGUGUGUUACCGCGGAACUGUUGGUGCGCAUCACAGGAGCUGUUGUUGUGUUAUUGCUGAGUUUCUACGGGGCAAUCAAAAGAAAUGUGGCGGCUGUGUGGGGUGGGCGGCACGGUGUCACUUAUACUCGGCGAGCCUCAUGUGUGAUCAAUUUUUCGACUUCCUCCUUUUGGAGUGGCUAGGCUGAAUACCAGAACACAGGAUAUGCUUCGCAGUGCUCUCAGUUUCACAGCAGCAGCAGCAGCAGCAGCAGCAACCACUGAGAGGACGACACGCUCUGCAGUCAAGAUGAGUGCUGGGGAUGUGGUCUGCACCGGCUGGCUCAUCAAAUCCCCCCCGGAGAAGAAAUUAAAGAGAUUUGCGUGGAGGAAACGCUGGUUUGUGCUUCGAAGAGGCCGCAUGAACGGCAAUCCUGAUGUGCUGGAGUACUACCAGAGUAAUAACUCCAAAAAGCCGAUCCGCACCAUCGAUCUGAGAGAGUGUGAGGUCGAAAUGCUGAACGGGCAGCUCAGGAUGAAGCGAGACUUCCAUGGGAAGCACCUCUUUGUGGUCAAGACCUCAUUUCGGGUUUUUUACCUGGUGGCCAAAACUGAGGAGGAGAUGAACAUCUGGAUCAGUAGCAUCAGUCGAAUUUGCCAGUUUGGGAGCCUGGAGGAUGCAGAGAGCUCAGAAGAAGGCUUUCCUCACACCCCCACAUCAAUACAUCCGUCUCCCGACAGCUCGGACCGAGUGUCUGUGUCAAGCCAGACGGAUUCCAGUCACCCGCUGGACUACCUCUUGCUCUCCCAGUGCGAGACGGGGAGUGUAAGCACCAGUCGACAUGACAGCUUUUCAAACUCUGAGAUCUCUCUGGAGCAGAAGUCUUCAGACGACACCGCCAAGGACAUCGUCCCCUCACCUCUGUACACCAAUUCCUCUUCAUCCUCCAUCUUUCAUGGCAGCCCCAGUCCGUCUCUUCUCGUCCAUGGAAGGUCGACUAACCCCCCUUUCAGCGCUCCGUGCAUCUCCAUGGCUCUACCGUCAUCCUCUUCCUCUCCGCUACGUCACUGUGCCGCAAGUGUCUUCAAGUUCGACAAACCUUAUUCUUCUGCGUCGUGCGAGGCAACAAGUGACAGGCGAACGCCUCCUCCGCUGCCACCCAAGUCGAAUCACCUGUCAGAGCAGCUCACCGAUGAUGGAGCUCACAGGCUGAAGGCAACGAGCGCGCCGCAUUUCUCAAACCACGCUGCGUUCUUUCCCCGGAGGACCUCUUUUUCAAGCCUGGACCAUUCCAGAAUAGCAAAUGCCGAUAGCAGAGCGAUGAGGAACAGGAGGCAGAGUCUUAAUCUGCAGCCUUGUUUAAAUGCUACGCGAGUUCAAAGCUACCAGGAUGAGUCAUAUGUCCCCAUGGCUUCCCCGACCCCCUCUGUUACCACCACUGCAUGUGACGGCUACAUCCCCAUGAGCCCCAGGACAUUCAGCUUCCCCAAUGCAAACUGCAACGCUGAGUCCACCACCACUCUCGGUUUAACGUGCCAACCUGGAAAAGUUCCGCCGCCUCCAGUUCACCGGCAUCUCAAGCCUCGCCUGAGGAGAGCUCGACCACCACCUCUCGACUUGAGAGGCCUCUCCACAAUCACAGAGUGCCCCACUCACCUUCCUUUGAGCAGAGCAAUGACUGAAACCUGCUUUUCAGUGAACUGUUUGCCCCUUGAAAGGAGACAUGAGAAUGGGGACAAUCCAAGAGAUGAAGACACAAACUGCACUGCAAUGGACUCCAGGCAACAUUUCUUUGAUGGCGCGGCUCAGCCCUGGCUGAGAAGCUCAAACCUUGACUAUUUGUCACUGGAUUUCAAUUCUGCAUCCCCCUCUCCUGUACAGAAGAAGCCCUUUCUGUCCGAUGAGCACAGAGUAGAUUACGUGCAGGUGGACGAGAAGAAGACUCAGGCGCUGCAAAGCACAAAAAUGGAGUGGACAGAUGUCCGGCAGUCAAAAACAUAAAUGGAACAUACAUGCUGGAAAUAAAUCAGGAACAUUUGGUUUAAAUAAGACCAACAAGAACACCAGCGAGGAGGACCGGAAAACAAGUUGAAACGCACUUUGAAAUAAAAGUACAAGAGUUAAUAAGCAAUUUGAUGCUUGUAUAUAGGGUGGAAAAACAAAAUUGCACUGAAAAAAAGUUUUCUCUCAGUCAAUCAAUAUUGUAAAUAAUACCAGAUUUUGCACUGUAACUAUUUUUACUGUAGCAUUACCGUCUACCAAAUUUUGAAAAAAAGGGCAUAAUUUUUCUUCAUUUUAAAUAAACACUUGCUGUAAAUAUAUGUGAAUGUAAAUAAAACAACUAUUUUAUUGAUGA